GAUUAAUCUUUAUACAUUAGAUCAAAGAGUGAAUUGAGUUAAAAAUUUAAUUUAUUUUUAAUAUUAAAAAUUACUCCAUGUAUAUUAUGUACACAUGGUACAUUCAAAUCAAAAUCAUCGCAAAUUGUUAAAUUCAAAAUUUGUCUCGAUGAAUUUGCGAAAUUUCUAGGUUUUUGGAUAUAGAUCCAUGUGUGAGAGCAAAAUGGAGGACAUGCCAUUGCCUGCUCUCUUCGAACAAACUAGUAAGAUCCAUCUGACGGCUAUGGAGUCCGGUGCUGAUCAGGAUCUGGUAAAGAAAGGAUGCGAGGCACUGGGUAAGUGCGAGGACAUGAUAAGCAAGCUAGGACUUUUUUUCAAUGAGACCAUUGAUGACAUUAGCACCACCAAUCUCAAGUAUAUUCUGGUGCCAUUUUAUCUUGCAGAGCUGACUGAAAAUAUUGUGCAGGACGAUAGGAUACAGAUUCUCAAAACUUCACAGGCAAAAUUGAAAGAGCUCAUGUCUUUUUGCGAGGCAAUGGAGCUUGUACCACAGGAAGAGUUGGAAGUCGCUGUACAAGGAGCAUCAAAUUCUUUUGCUGAUCAAAGGGCCUUAAAGAUUGCUCGGUUCAAACGCCAAAGAGCAGCAGAAGCAAAGCUGACAGAAAUAAAGGAACAGAAGGAACGACGCGAGCGUCCAACAAAAGCUGCUGCCAUAUCCACUCCUGUUGAGCAUGGAGAGGAGGAUGUGCUGUAUGACGACGGGGAGGAGGAACGAGAGGCUUGGCUUACCACCAUCUCAUUGGCUAUUUGUAAGGAAGGGGAAAAGGAGUUUUCUCAGGCUAUCCUAGAUGAUCGCACCAAGAAAGCUGAGGCAUGGCAUCGUGAUGCUGCAACUCGGGCUCAAUAUACUAAACCUGCACCACCUAUCACGUGUGCUACAUUUGCUCAAGAUGUUAUAGAAGGAAGGGCAAAUGUUUCACAGGCACAUGACCACAAACACGAGCCAAUAAUCUUUGGACCACAAAGCCUUACAGGUGGAAGCUUUACAAGUGAGAGGGAAAGGAUGGCAGCCCAAGUUUUCCAACCUUUUCAUAGGAUGCCAACGAUGAGCAUCGAGGAAGCUGGUCUGAAAGAGAUGGAAAUGAUGAACAAAUGGCAGGAGAGGAAUGCAAAAAUGUUCGAAGAAGCUAACUCGGCAUGGUAUAAGGACCGCCCGAAGUUGGGACAGAGUGAACAUGAUGAAGAUGAUGAUGCUGCCCAAGAGAAGGCGAGGGCAUGGGAUGACUGGAAAGAUGAUAAUCCUCGAGGUGCUGGCAAUAAAAAGCUCACACCCUGCGGGUGAAAGCUGACAAGUAAGUUCUUAUACUUUUCUUAUAACGUAUUCUUUCAGACCUAAUUAAUGGUGGUUUUAGGAACAUUCUUCGAAAUCUAUAUUUAUUAUAGAUUUUCACUUAACGAAAUUUUAGCAGUUUGCUUUGAGUAAUGUAUUAAAUUCACACGUCAAUUAGAACAAAAUUGAUCAUGCUUGCACUAGUCUAUGUGCUUCGAAUUUUGUCUUACUCUAUUUAUAUUUGUCUAUUUUUAACUAAGUCUAUUUUAUACUUA